GCUCCUCCUUUUCUACCAGGAAGUGAUAGGGUAUCCGGAGGCAAUCUCCCCACGUGGAGCAGGGCGGAAGCGCCAGUUCAUGGAGCGUUGGGGGGACUUUCGGGUCGCCUGUUGGGCCGUGGAGGCGCAGGAGACCCAGAAUGUUGAUGAAGGCUCUCCUCUGGGCAUUUUGGUCCAAGGUAUGAGGCAGCUUCAGCAGAUGUAUAUGGAGAAGAAGGGCGGCGUGGACAACGAGGUCUUGAAGGGCGCCGAACUACCCGCCCUACCGGAGCUCAGCGGUGACACGGGAGUAGAGUUCAGCGAUUGGCUUUACGUGGCAGAACAGACCAUAGGGUCCAUGUCCGAUUCAGCCUCUACAUGGUACGAGAAGACUUUGGCUUGUGUGCGCGAGGCCUACCACCGGUACCAGGUUGCAACUCCACUUGAGAGGCUAUCCAUUGGACCUCGACAAGCACCAGAGCUGCUCGAGCCUCGAUGGAUUCGGCUGGACCGCAAGGUGAUGACUUUGGUUUUGGCAGCGAUGCCGAAGAUGGUGCGGGAGGACGCGGUGACGCACAGGGUAUCUUCCGUGGCGGCAGUGCUCUACCGGUUUCACAUCCUAUACUCUCCGGGUGGCAUCGCGGAAAGAACUACGGUGUUGAAGCAGUUGGAAGGUGUAGGAGCUGGCGACAAUGUGGUUGAUGUUAUCACCGCGCUGAGAAAGUGGAAGCGCCACUUGUCCAGAUCCCAGGAGAUGCACUUGUCUGUGCCCGACGCCAGCAUCCUUCUUCGCGGCCUGGACACUAUAUGUGCAAGCUGUGUGCAAAAGCACUCAGAGAUGAGCUUCAGGCUUUCUUUGGCAAGGAAUGAGCUACAGCUGCAAAGCAGGCCGACUCAGGAAACGGUGAUGAAGUUCUACGACCACCUGAUGGCAGAAAUGCAGCAGGCCCUUCCGGCCAAAUGGAAUCAAAGGGGGGCACCAGGCACCGGGGAGACCCCAAAGAUCAAGGCAAUCGGAGCUGGCACUGGCGAAGCUUCCACUACAACGAGCCCGACUGCUUCGCCUUCAAGGUCUUCUCAGAGGGGAUCAGCAGCGUCCACGCCGUGUAAGUUCUUCCUUUCAGAUGCAGGUUGCAAACGGGGACAGGCCUGCAAGUACCAGCACGAGUUUCAGAGUAGAGAUGAGAAGCGCUCCAGAUGUUGGUACUGUGGCUCCAAGCAGCACCGACAAAACGAGUGCCCGGCAAAGGAGCCUCGGCGACCCAAGGACUCUCCAGCAUCUUCGACUUCCUCGGCAAGACCCCAAUCUACCCCAACGGUGGCAGCAGUGCAACCAGUGAUUGAGCCGAAAGCGUCUAUGCCGUUGGUGGCGGGAACAAUCUCCUCCGUCCCUACUACCGCUAUGAGUGGUGAUGCUAUGGGGGUGACUGAGUCUUUGGGGACUACAACUAAUGCGGCUGUUCAAGGACCAGAGUUCCAAGCCUUCAUGAAGGAAGUUAACACUAUGCUGCAAAGAAUGACCAGGCUCAACAGCUUGAAGAUCGCUGAGUCCUUGGACCCCGAGGUGAGCAAAUUGGAGGCAACCAUGGCCAAGUUCAACGAGAAGACGGAAACCUAUGCCCUCCUGGACUCUGGAGCUACACAUCCCUUCAAGCCAUUCACGGAGCAGGACUUCACGGAGAUGGUACAGGUGCAGCUGGCUGACGGUCAAACAGUGGACUUGCAGCAGAAUCGCGCGGGUACACUGAUGCCAGUGAAGAGUGCAGGAAGCAAGGACAACCCCGUCACCACGAUUGUGCCACUGGGCACAUUGGUUCAGGAACUCAACUGCGCGGUUUCGUGGGACAGGCAUGGCCUUCGAGUUCAACAUCCAGAACAUGGAGAGCUCACUACUCACGUAGUUGGUUCUUGUCCCUUCAUUGGGGAAACAAAGGCUUUGCAGCUCAUUGAGGAGAUCGAGGCCAGAAAGCUAGAGCAGCUGAAAGUGAACACGGUUGAAACUCAGCUGCGCGUCAUGGGCAUGGAGGCUGAGACUUCAUUUGAGCCGUCCUUGAUGGAGUACAGAAGGUCUGGAAAGAGAACAGACGGCUUGAAGGCCCUGAUGUCCUCUGACUCAGUGUUUCAUCACAUCAUUGAGUCACAACGCUGUGCACUUGUCCAGGACAUUGACUUGACGGAUGCAGCUGGCAUGAAAUACUUGAAAGCCCUCCCCAUCAAGAGAGCGUUGAGGAGGAGACUGUUGUCCGCUAGAUGGAUUGUGAACAUGUGUUCGGGGCCAGACGAACACCCGGACCUCAAGGCUCUUGAGACAGAUGGCUUGGUGCUGUUGGAGCUGGAUUUGUUCAAGAGCAAAGCGUUCAAUCUACGAGACCAUGGUCCCGCCUAUCGGGUGCUCUUGUGGGCAGCUAUGAGGGGGCAGCUGGAAGGCAUCCUUGGAAGCCCUCCCAGAGGUGAAGGUGAGGGUGAACUGGUGCUCAAGCAGUUAUUCUUGUGGUGGAUUGGCAAAGUGGCCUCGGAAGCCAUGGAGAAGCGGGAUCCUUACUUCGUGAUGACUAUGCCAGUGAACAGUGCGUCACGAAUUUGGCGACCACAUGGCCAGUGGAGGAAUGGGAAGUUAAAACCGGAAGGGGACAGCUUCAAUGGACCAAUGACUUUAGACGCUGUUUGGUUCAAGGAGUACAUCGUUGGCGAGGGGUGGGUGAUAUUGAAGCGCCUCUACCAGAAGGUGGUCCAGAACCAACAGAUGAUCCAGAUCCCAGUGGUCCUCUACCAGAAGGUGUUCCAGAACCAGCAGAUGAUCCAGAUCCCAGUGGUCCUCUACCAGAAGGUGGUCCAGAACCAACAGAUGAUCCAGAUCCCAGUGGUCCUCUACCAGAAGGUGUUCCAGAACCAGCAGAUGAUCCAGAUCCCAGUGGUCCUCUACCAGAAGGUGAGUGGUGAAGAUCCUAUACCUCAGGUGGGCGACCUCGAGAGAGACGAGAUGGACGCUUUGAAUGCCCAGUACAAAGAGCUUGUGGCUGAAGUGGGCGACACGAUGGAUUAUCAGGUUCUUCGCUAUGCAGUACCAAUGCGGUCUAGAAGGGCUUCAGAGGUGAAUGCUCGAGUGCGCCAAAUGUACCUGCAGGUGAAGGCUGAUGGAUUGGAAGUGUUUCGUCUACACUCAGAUAGAGCGACCGAGUUGUGCAAUCGACGUCUUCGCGAAUGGCUGUUGGAGCGUGGAGUUUUGGCUACUACUGGAGAAGCGCAAACGCCCCAGCAAAAUGGGCGAGCCGAGGCUACGGUGAAGUUCGUGAAGUCUGAGGCUCGUCUUCUUAUGACUACAGCAAGACUGCCCAAGUCUACAUGGCCUUUAGCAAUGAUGUACGCCACCGCGCAACAAAGGCAGCGCGCUUUGGGGAAACCUGGCGAACUUCCUGGAUUUGGGACUCCUGUGCACGUUCGCACCAAGAUCUACGGCCAAUCCGGAAAGUACGAUGUGGAAAACAAGUGGGCUCAGGGCGUCUACGUGGGGCCGUCGGAGGAUGUGCAGCAUGGCCACGUGGUUCGGUUCCCAGAUGCCACCUUUGUUACCAGUCUGCACCUCAAGCAUAAUUUGGUGGACGCCGAUGAGUUGGUGGAUUUGGUCCCAAGGGAAAUCGAGAUCCCGCUGCCGGAGCGGAGGAUUCGUGGUAAGAAGCGACUACAUCGACUCCUAGUGGACCACCCUUUGAGUGUUGAGGAGGAGCUGGCGGAAACUGAGGCAAAGAAGCUUAUCCGGGGCGGGGAUUGGUCUGUGGAAGGGAUCCUAAAACUCUUCGACUACCUGAAGGCUAUCAAACCGAAGCAGACCAGUGGGAGAGCAGCAACUGGGACAGGUUGUUCGUGGUACACCGGCAUGUUUGUGCAUGGAGGUGUGGCAGGAUUACGGGGUACUACUACGCGGAUGAAGUGGUCAACGAAGUAUUUGGUGGAAGCAGCCAAGUUGAUCACGGAGAGUGAUGAUUUUACGGCUCUCGGGUUGCUCGAGGACAUGGACAACGGGUGUCAUAAGGACUCACACAAUGAGAUCGAUAGCACCAAUGUGGUGACGCUGCUACAGGCUCCGGAAGAAGGAGGGGAUCUUUGGCUGGAGCACGAGGACCUCGACCCCAAGUACGCGGAGUGGAAGCUGGUGGCUAAGAAGCUCUGGAAGAAGGGAUUUACCCAUCGGCUAGAAGUUGGCAAGCCUUUCAGGGCGAUGGAUUCCCCAGAAGCCGAGACUCUGGAUGAUGCGCUACUCACUCUUACAGAAAGCCAAAAUCAGCUUCUCGAGGAUCUUCAAGAGAGAUCUGAGCGUCUGAGGAUGAUGAUAGAGGAAGAGGAGAUCCUUGCUGAGGAAUGUCGCCGAGCAGGGCAACAAGUAGAUGAUGAAGUGGACAACGUGCGAGCCUACCUGGAGGACAUGAUGGACGAGGUUACUCAGCUGAAGGCGGCCGGUGGAAAGGCUUCAUCAGAAGCAUGUUUGAAAGCAGCAAUGGUGCAAGAGGAACCGGACUAUGAAAGACUUCUACAAGAGUUGGAUGGAGAUCUAGAAGUAGUCCACACAGUUCCUCUACAGCAAGUUCGUGCUGCUUUGGAUCAGUGGCGGGAAGCUUUGGAGAAAGAGGUGACCCAGCUCUUGGAUGGAACGUUAAGGCCCAUGCCAAUUGCCCGUGCAAAGCAGAUGGAAGCUCAAGGCCUUUUGAAGUUGGUACAGUCAAAGGGCGUCUUCACCUUGAAGCCACCACAGGUCAAGGGCAAGAAGGUGAGGAGAAAGUUUCGACUCGUCCUAUGUGGGAAUCAAGUUGACCGUGAUGACGAAACUUUCAGCUUGUAUGCCAGCGGGCUGAGCGCCGACACAGUGCGGCUAGCCUUAGCUUAUGCUUCCCACAAACGUUGGUAUGGUGGAACCUCCGACGUCACAGGUCGCACUAUCGUGCUGAAGCAGUCCUCUGCAGAUUCAGAGAUAUGGCUUGCUUUCGACGAGGAUGAUGUGCUGAGGCCGGUCAUUGAAGCAAUCCACGCCUGGAUCCAAGAGGCCUGGCCCUGUAGCGAGCUGGAAUGGGCAGAUGGACCUACCGGAACCCGGUAUCUGGGAAUGGAGAUACAGCAAAGGCCAGACUUCGCGUUCGAGCUAUCACAGGAAGGGUACAUCCGGGAGUUGCUGCGCAGCUAUGGAAUGGAAGAUGCCCUGUCUACGAAGCUUCCGUGUCCGCGAGAAUGGUUGGCAGGUGAUGACUCUGAGGAGGAGAAUUACACCAUUGCCGAGCUCAAGCAAGGCCAGAAGGCAGUGGGCGAACAGCUGUGGUUGAUGAUGCGUUGCAGACCAGACUUGCAGUUUCCUGUAGCGUACAUGGCCUCCAAAGUCAGCAAGUGCCCCAACCGCGUUGUCCAAAUUGCCAAGCGUUUGUUAGCGUACCUGAAGACUACGGCAUCAAUGAAGAUGGUCAUAGGGAACAAGGCGGACAACGAGUGCCAGCAGACUACGCCCGAACUCGUCGCGUGGAGCGACGCGAGUUUCUCGCCAAGUGGUGAAAAAUCGUUUGGAGCUUCCGUGGUUACAGUGAAUGGCUACCCUGUAGCAUGGAAAGCCAGCAAGCAGGCCUUCGUUACCUUAUCGGUCAUGGAAGCAGAGCUACUGGAGGCUUCAACCGCAACGACGCUACUCGAGAAUAUUGGAUGUUUGCUGGACGAGUUGGCAGGCCUUUAUGUUCCACGACGACUUCUGGUGGAUAACGCAUCGGCAGUUGCGAUGAUUGCUGGAGGACCAGGGAGUUGGCGCACUCGACAUUUGAAGGUCAGGAGCGCCAAGAUCAGAGAGCAGGUCGAGAACCUUGAGCUGAUCGUAGAACAUGUGGGAGGCAACGGUCAACUAGCGGAUUUGGCAACAAAAAUGCAUGGAAAGGUUCGCCUUUGGGAACUGCUUUCUCUGUGGGGAUUCCGAGGUCUACCAGAUGAAGCGAUUCAGGCCCUGCAUACAAAGAGCCUCUACCUGACCUGUUUGAUAUGGGCGAUGAUGAUGCAACCGGUGACUGCGAACGACUCCACGAACACCAGAAUCCAGAUGGCAGGAGUUGAUGAGCUGCUGCUAGUUACGGUGCUUGUGUGUUUUACAGCGGUCACAGUAUGGGAGCUCAUCAAAUAUGGCACUAAAUGGGUGCUAAAGGCUUGCAGAGAAUCCCCCAAGCAAAGGCGCUUGAGGAAGCUAAGAGAAGCAGCCAAGGCUGCUGCUGAGGAGGAGGUUGACCGCGCGGUGCUUGCGCGUUCGGGGGAAACCACACCUCCACCAGAACCUCAUCCUACAGCGAGGCCUUCGAGAGUGAUUUCGAGUCCAGAGCCAAUGUACCCUACUGGUGCAGCUUUCGAGCGGAUGGCCCAUGAUGCCUUUUACAAGACGGACUCGAAUCGCUCUAAGCUGCAUACGGACCCUCAGUGCCAUGGACUACGAAACGCGGGACCGGUUUUCAAGCUGGAGUACUGCGUCUAUUGUUCCAAGAAUGAGCCGAUCUAUGUCAAGAGGACGGAGUUCCUGGGUCAAGGAGGAGUGUGGAAUCUCUGGAGUGUGUAUGUUUUCUUGAGCAUCAAGGAUUGCGACAAGUAUCAGAGCGUCCCUCUCAUGAGGAUCAAGUACCUCACCGAGAAGUUCCUGGCGCAGUCGACCCUGCGCUACACGGUGCUGCGCAUUAGCGGCCUCAUGCAGCCCUUGAUCUCCCAAUACGCCGUCUGCGUCUUGGACGACCAGAAAGUCUGGGGCGACGAUGGGAGCAUGCCAGGAAUCGCCUACGUGGACUCCCAGGAUGUCGCACGAUGGACGGCCUCCGCCAUGGUCAAGGAGCGCACUGUCGGCCAGACCUUGACGCUGACGGGCCCCAAGGUCUGGUCCACCAACGAAGUCAUCAAGCUUUGUGAGAAGCUGUCGGGGCGGGAGGCAGACAUCAACACCGUUUCCAACGCUCAGAUGCAGGCGACCAUGAGCGCGGCCUCGUUCUUUGAUUGGUCCAUUGACGUCGCUGAGCGCUUGCGCUUUGUGGAGGUGAACCAGCUGGGGUCUGCAGGCACGCCAAUGAAGAUGACAGACACAGAUUACCAACUGCUGGGUAUGGAUCCGUCCGCCACACGUGGCCUCGACGAGUACAUCGGCGAGUACUACCGCAGAGUGUUCAAGAAGCUGAUGAAGGGCAAGUAUGAGCCGGAGGAAGGGGAAGUUGAGCGCGAGAAGGCCGAGGCUGCUGAGAAGCUGAACAUGGCCUUGGCCACCGACACCAGCGACGUCCUUCCAGCAGGACAGACGGAGGAGCAGGAAGUGCAGAUCGGUGAGCAGCGAGACACAGCCGAAAGGCUGCAGAAGUACUUCGAGGACAAAAUCCUGACCGAGAUGGAAGACGACAAGAACGCCUGGUUCGGCCUGACGCCCCUCGCUGAGCUUUUCAAUGGGCGCGCCGCCAUGAUGGGCUUCAGUCUCGGACUAUUCACCGAGUGGGCCACCGAGGUCAACGUCGCCAACCAGAUUGACCUGAUGAUUUCGAUCUUCUCCCCACAGGGGAACUAG